UGAGGAAUUAGGCAAAUACGAUACUGCAAUAUGGAAAUGUCAUAAAUCACAUAUGGUAACGGUUGAUUAAAAAGGUAAUCGAAUAAUAAUAAAAAACACAUUUGUUGGAAAAAAUUCAAGAAAACGUUCGUCGAUUCCAUCGCCGACGCUUCAACUCGGUGACAUAUGUUGUUCAGAUACAGAGUCAUAUGCGAGCAGUAGAAUGGAGGAAGAGGCUGUGGAAUCGAGGAAGAGUAGGAAGGAGCAAGAAAGGGAAAGGCGUCGUCUAAGAGACAGAGAAAGAAGACAAUCUAUGAGCCAAGAUGAGAGAGAAAACCAUUUGGCUAGGCGCCGCAAAAACUAUCAGCUGCGAAGGCAGAGAGCUGAGAUCAACCGUCUUGACUCUCAGAUCCAACCAAUCACUGGAGGCAGCCAGGGAGCAGUGAAUUCACCGCCUGAUUCUGGAGCCAGCUUGGUUGAGUCGUCUGAUCAGAGUGUGGGAAUACCAGUGGAGGAGCUGGCUAAAAUGAUGGGAACUAUAAGGCUGAGCCGUCUGAAACAUCUGGCUAGGACCUUGAAUAAGUCCAGUACUAAUGGUGCAGAGUCAAGCAACACAGGAGCAUCAGAUGCAAAGACAAGAUGUGCAAUAUCAAGUGGGCUACGUUUGAGUCGGAUGAAACGACUGGUAAGAUCAAAGGGCCAGCAAGAGGGGUCGUUGUCGCAUUCCCAAACGACGCAAGAACCUGAGCUUCAAUAGAGUGUAUAACGUGAACGAGAAACCUCAUCAAUAAGUGUUUGUAAAAGUGAACCUAAUAUUGUUUUGGAGAUGCAUCUAGAAAAUUCACCAUAUUUUGUUUUCAAAUUCAAAUACAAAUGGGAAUACAUCACAUUCUUCAAUUUUUUUU